GUUACUGUUAGUGAUUCAUACAAGUAGAGAUAUUUCGGUUUUGAAGUGUUCGUAAAUAAAUGUACCGUAGUAGAUCUUGACAUAAUAUUAUGGAAUGGUAGCUGGUGAUCGUGUAAUUUGUAUUUGUAGUUAAUAAUUUGAAUUUGUUCAUUUGUUAUUAAAAAUAUGGCAGAUUUUGAAUUAAACGUCGAUAAUCUGAUACAAAGAUUAUUAGAAGUUAGGGGAUGUCGGCCUGGAAAAUCUGUGCAAAUGACUGAAGCAGAAGUUCGUGGACUUUGUUUAAAGUCACGAGAAAUAUUUCUGCAACAACCUAUACUAUUGGAACUUGAAGCACCACUUAAAAUUUGCGGUGAUAUACAUGGUCAAUAUACUGAUCUACUUCGUCUAUUUGAAUAUGGUGGAUUUCCUCCAGAAGCUAACUAUUUAUUUUUGGGUGACUAUGUCGACCGUGGAAAACAAUCGCUAGAGACAAUCUGUUUACUAUUGGCAUAUAAAAUAAAAUAUCCAGAAAAUUUCUUUUUGCUACGUGGUAAUCACGAAUGUGCUUCUAUAAAUAGAAUAUACGGAUUUUACGAUGAAUGUAAACGACGAUACAAUAUUAAGUUAUGGAAAACGUUCACAGACUGCUUCAAUUGCUUACCAAUUGCAGCAAUUAUUGAUGAAAAAAUAUUCUGUUGUCAUGGUGGAUUGAGUCCUGAUCUACAAGGAAUGGAACAAAUACGUCGAAUUAUGAGACCAACAGAUGUACCUGAUACAGGAUUGCUAUGUGAUUUAUUAUGGUCUGAUCCUGACAAAGAUGUUCAAGGAUGGGGUGAAAAUGAUCGUGGUGUCUCAUUUACAUUUGGUGCUGACGUUGUUGGAAAGUUUCUUAAUCGACAUGAUUUGGAUUUAAUUUGUCGUGCUCAUCAAGUCGUGGAAGAUGGUUACGAAUUCUUUGCAAAGCGGCAGUUAGUUACAUUGUUUUCAGCACCUAAUUAUUGUGGGGAAUUUGAUAAUGCUGGUGGUAUGAUGUCAGUCGAUGAAACAUUAAUGUGUUCUUUUCAGAUUUUAAAACCUUCGGAAAAGAAAGCUAAAUACCAGUAUAGUGGAAUGAAUUCUGGUCGUCCGUCCACACCUCAACGUAAUCCUCCUAAGAAGAAAUAACUCUUUCAGAUGUGUCCUUUUCGUUAACAUCUGGAAUAUCAUCCUCAUAUUACACAAACACAAACAUAAACUAAUCGUAACACCAAUUGAAUGAAACUUGUAA